GAGCAUGGUCGCAGUCUAUUCGCGUCUGUUGGCAAAGCCACACAGAGUUUCAGGACCGCUCAACUGUCGGAGUCAAUUUGCGCGCAUUGCUCAACUGUACUCAGUCUGAAUGAGUUUUUUUUCUUCAGUAGUUAUUUUGCAGAGUACUUGCGGUAGUGAAGUUGCAUAAUUGGUACCAAGAUUUUUCCGGAGGAAGCUUAAAACUGCGGACAAAAUGCGCUACAGCCAGCAAUCGGAACUGAUCGCGCCUAGAAAAUAUAUUUUCUGAUAUUUCACGCAUCUUCACCGAAUCUUCGUCUCUUAUGCUGAUGGGUUGUGGAGGAGAGUCCCAGCACUAAUGUAAAUAGUAGGAAGCUAGGAAACGAUAGCCAAUAAACAGUGCCAAAAUGACUACCUUAUCACAUCCCUAUAAAGACUGCCCGGGGCCAAAGGAGGUUCCAACUGAAUACGUAAAAGACGUGGAAAUAUUAUACGAAUGGAUCAAGCAACAACCACGGUUUCCGGCGUUCUCGAAAAACCACGCUCAUCUCUUCCUUCAUGCGUGCGUGUGGAAUUUGGAGGACGCUAAAAAGGCCCUGUACAAGUACGCACACAUCCACGCGACGGCGCCGGAUAUUUUCGACAACCGGGAUGUGCUCUCGUCUGGAGUGCAGUUGGUGCUGAACAUGACCCACAUGGUUUCGCUACCAAAGCUGACACCGGAAGGAUAUCGAUUACUGUGCUACCGCUUGUCCGAUAUGGAUCCAUCGCGGAUGAACUUUGGCGAGGCAGUAAAGACAUUCUGCAUGUUCAACGAUGUCCAGAUUAGCAAGGACGGUCCCAUCGAGGGCUACAUCGUUAUUUUCGACAUGAAAGGCGUUCGGCUGGGUCAUCUGGCACGGGUACAGUUCGGCCCGUUGAGGACGUUCAUGAGUUACAUUCAGGAUGCGCAUCCAGUUCGACUGAAAAAAAUUUACAUCGUCCAUACGGCUUCAUUCAUCAAUCAGGUAAUGGCUCUGGUAAAACCGCUGAUCAGAUCGGAGCUGCUCGGUUUGCUACACUUUUCCACGUCAGGGCCAAUCGACAUUAUGGGGGCUGAUCUUUUACCAAAGGACUACGGUGGUGUUUUUGACGAAUUAGCAACAAUGCACGCGGAGCAGAGGAAGGAAAUUGAAACUGAGUACCGACAGUGGUUGAUAGAUACAGCCGCUUUAAAAGAAGCCCCCAAGGAGAAUAAAAGCAAUUCGAUAAGACCACCAACGAAAUCAUUCCGAGGAAUGGAGAUUGACUAAUUAUAAUCAUGAACUAGAUAAUAAACUCUAACAUAUAAUACACACAUCUGUCAAGACAGGAGGGGACAUCGUUUAAGGAGCGUGUGAUAACAUAUGAACAUGUUUUGGUUGAGGAACUUUUUAAAAAUUUUAGUCCUAUAAUGUGUCAGAAUAAGUGUUGAUUUGUAACAUAUAAGAGAGAUAUAAAUGUUUACGCUACAAA